AUGGCAGUCAACGAACUCCCCAAUGCUCCUUCGGAGCACCCUCACCACAUCGCUCGAUCGGAUUCCUCCACAUCAUCAAGUCCUUCCGAUCACCAUGACCACGACAACGAGCACGAGGAGCCUAUUAUUCACCAGCCCGUACCCAUCCGACCUGGUCUCCCUCAGAGAAAAAGCAGUGGUCCAUUAGUCGUUCCCCGCGAUAGCUCAGCAGUUGGUCCCCUCGAGCCUGACUUUGGCCCGGAUGACGUCAGGGCAAUGAGCCCCAGGAGAACGAGUGAGGAUCUCGAUAGAAUUGGAAAGGCUGCUCGGGAAGAGAUGAGAAGACACGCCAAAGCCCUGCAGGACUCCCUUCUUACCAUCUUCAACCGUAUCGAAGCCGUUCGCGAAGAGCACGACAAGCUUGAUAACAACAACAAGUUCUUGCAAAAGUACAUUGGCGACUUGAUGAGCACUAGCAAAAUCACGGCCACUAGUAGUCAACGCAAGAAAUAA